ACAGCCGGGGUCGAGGGGCGGGCCCGCAGGGGGAAGGGGCGGAGCGUCCCGAGGCCCCCGUCAAAGCUUGCGGUGAGGACGCGGCUCCAGCUCCUGCGAUUUAGCUGAUUCAGCCCGCAGUGGUUUCCGCCGCUGCCAUCUGCCGGGUAAGGCUCUCCCCAACCCUUUUCGCCUUCAUUUCCGGAGACGAACCCGGAGACGUUCCAGCUUCCUUGCUCGACGCACAAGUGUGCGCGGGAUUCAGGCUUGCCUAACGGUCCUCUGGGUGUCUGGCGGGACUAGGAAUGCCCUCAGUGUCGCCCCCACCUUUUCCCUAUCAUCCACCCUGUCGGACCCAUGGCUGAGCUCCCGAGCAAGGGGAAGCAGCUCGGCCAUCUGGAGAGACCCUGGCUCCCGGCUUUGCUCCAGUGCGGACGGACGUUCGCCCUCCUGUCCCAAACUCUGCAGAUCCUCACCUGGAAGAAAUCCGGAUCGCGCUGCUGAAGCAGGCGGAUUGAGCUGAAACGCACUGAGUCCCACCAAGACUUGAGAUUGCUUAACUCGUUGAACUCCUUGCCAAUCUUGAGAACUCUAAAGCCAAGGUUACUUCUGGUGUCAGUGCUACCUUUGGUCUUUCUCUUUGCAGAAAGUUCCCCCUGAGCCAUGGGCGAGGUGUUCUCCCAGCCAGGCUUUCAGCAGGAGGAUGAGAAGAAGUUGCUCCUACACCCCGACACAGCCGUGGGUGUCAAGGCUGCCAGCUACUCCAGCACUGCUAGCAGCAAGUCAUCUUGUCCUUGUGUGCCUCGUGAAGGCGCUGCUGCUGUGGGUUUUGUGACUUGUCCUACCUGCCAAGGGCAUGGGGAGAUCCCCCAAGAGCUGGAGAAGCAGCUGGUGGCCCUCAUCCCUUACGGGGACCAGCGGCUAAAGCCCAGGCACACGAAGCUCUCCGUGUUCCUGGCGGUGCUCAUCUGCCUGCUAAUUACCUCCUGCAUCAUCUUCUUCCUCUUCCCUCGAUCCAUCUCUGUGCAGCCUGCAGGCCUCAACUCCUCCACGGUGGCUGUGGACAAGGCUGACAUCCACCUCAACAUCACGAAUAUUUUAAACAUCUCCAAUAGCAACUACUACCCCAUCACCGUGACCCAGCUGACCACGGAGGUUCUGCACCUGUCCCUUGUGGUAGGUCAGGUAUCCAAUAGCCUCCUCCUGCACAUCGGCCCUUUGGCCAGUGAACAGAUGUUUUAUGCAGUAGCCAGCAGGAUCUGGGAUGAAAACACUUACAAAAUCUGUACCUGGCUGAAAAUCAAAGUGCACCACGUGCUUUUGCAUGUCCAGGGCACCCUGACCUAUUCCUACCUGCGCCACUCCGAACAGCUGGUCUUCCAGAGCUAUGAGUACGUGGACUGCCGGGGAAACAGCACGGCAUCCCACCCAGGUCCCCACCCUCUGUGAGCUGUCUGUGGUCCCUGUGCUCCAGACCCCUCCAUGCAGGCCUGGUUGAUGUCUACCAGAACUCCACGCUGCCCACAGCAGGAGACUGGAGACUGCCAGCCAGAAGCCUCCUGCAACCUCCGGGUACCACUUUCACUGUUUCAGAUCCCCCAGAUUCCAUCCAUGACUGUGUUGGAUCCUGCUCCCUCUCAGCCUUGACCUGGCAUUGUAGUCUUGAGCUGCCUGCAAGGCCCCAGAUCCAUGCCUGCCCUUUCUGUGCUCAGUCCCUUGGUUGCCAGGCUCCCUUGGGGCUGGCCCUCCUCCUGCCUGAACAUGGACAAGACUGCAGGUUUUCUGCCUUUUAAAAGAUGAACCCUUAUCAAGUUCCCCCACCCAGGUGAUAGCAGUGACUUGGGACAGCCAGCAGCUUUGAUGGGAUAGUCAAAGCACUCCUGGCUUGAUCAUUUGGCAAGGUGAUGAUGCCAGCCUGCUUUUCUCUGGCCACUUGUCCUCUGCCCAUCUGGUAGGAAGACCCAUCAAAGCCCUCUGUUGUUUCUGAUUAAUGCUGUCCCUGGUUUCUAGGAAGACAGGGCUAUUCUCCAGUGUUAGCAUCUCUUUUGUGAAACAGUUUUACCAAAGCAGCAGGGAAUGGAAGGAAGACACCUGCCACCCGCUGAACCAAGCAGGAAAGACAGAGCCAACACCAGAAUCAUUUUUAAAAGUCCUGAUGUGGCAGAGGAAGGCUCCUAAGCCUGCAACUCUGAGCCUCCAUGAGAAGACAGGGCCAAGUCAGAUGGCUGGCUCUGCUGCUGUCUUCCAAAAAGAGUCUCCAACAGACGGAGCUGUCCGUGUCUCAGCAAAGCUUGCAGACCCUGUAAGUGUGGAGCAGCACAUCCCCAAGAUGGGGCCAGGCCCUCUCUUCCCUAUCACCCGAGAUAAGCCCCAGAUUCCAACCAGCCUCCUAGUGGAGGGGUAUGUAUUCUUGAGCCCAGCAGGAAUGGCAUUGGCUCACUGGAGAUGGCUCGGUUCUUCUCAAACAGGUAGAGAGACAGUAGAUGUCUUGUGGGAGAACUAAUGGAGAAGCAAGGUGAAUGGAGAGAGGGUGAAGGGCUGACAGAAGCUGGUAACUAGCUGGCUAGGGGACCGAGGGCAAACAGGUGGUGCUGGCUGGAGCUGCUGUGUGCAUAGGUUGGAAAAUGCAAAAGAUUGAUAUUGUUCAA